AUGGAAUCUUCCUUUAAAGCGCGGCAAAUUCAGUUUCCCCCGUCGUUAAUCAACUCAUUUCCCAGAAAAUCAAAGAACAUCACACACUAAUUACAGUCCACAAACAAUCAAUAAUCAGUGAGAGACAAAGAAUCGACACUCUACCUUCUGCCGCUGCUCAACCAAUUAAUUCAAAUAUCGCUUUCCAUUUUUUUUUUCUCUCUCCUCUCCUUCCUUCACUCUCACUUGCUUACUUUCCCUACCUUCAACCAUCACUUUGUCUACUCCCUCCUUUUUUUUUCUUCGUUCAUCAUCUGCAAUCGGAAUUUCAAAUUUCCAGGUUUGUGUGAACAAAGGGGAAGGAAGUAGUUGUGUUUUGUAGGAGGUGAUUAUUGAGGUCUCACUUUGGAGUUUGGACUUACUGUUCAUGCAUAACAGAUUAACAGCAUAAGUCUUGAUGUUCUAGUUGUGUUCUGGUUCGGGUGAUUUUCGUUUUUCGGACAAGAGUUAAAGGGAGUUGAUAAGAUGGGCAGUGCUGAUGGGGACGAAGCAAUGCAAGGGUCAAGCGGCCGGGAGGAGGAGAGAAUUUUGGUGUCUGUUCGUUUGCGGCCUUUGAAUGGGAAGGAAGCUUUAAGGAAGGAGGCAGUAGACUGGGAAUGCAUCAAUGGUAACACUAUUGUAUACAAGAACAACUUAUCUCCUGAGAGAUCACUGUAUCCAAAUUACUUUACUUUUGACAGGGUGUUCAGGUCUGAUUGCACUACAAGGCAGGUGUAUGAGGAAGGAGCCAAAGCAGUAGUUCUUUCAGUUGUUAGUGGCAUCAACUCAAGUGUUUUUGCAUAUGGACAAACAAGCAGUGGUAAAACAUUUACCAUGUCUGGAAUAACGGAGUAUACUAUGGAGGACAUAUUUGACUACAUACAGAAGCACAAAGAAAGGGAUUUCCACUUGAAGUUCUCUGCUAUGGAGAUUUACAAUGAAUCAGUGAGGGAUCUCUUGACAACAGAUAACAGUCUCCUUCGACUUUUGGAUGACCCAGAGAGAGGUACGGUAGUUGAGAAACUUACGGAGGAGACUUUGAGAGACUGGGACCACUUCAAAGAACUUCUUGCAAUGUGUGAAGCACAAAGACAGAUAGGAGAGACUUUUUUGAAUGAAGUAAGCUCGCGAUCUCACCAGAUUCUUCGAUUGACAAUUGAAAGCUCCAAUCGUGAGUUUUUAGGCAAGAAUAAUUGUAGCACCCUUUCAGCUACUUUGAAUUUUGUUGAUCUUGCGGGAAGUGAGCGUGCAUCACAGGCGUUAUCUGCUGGAUCAAGGUUAAAAGAAGGUUCACACAUAAAUCGUAGUUUGUUAACAUUGGGAACAGUGAUUCGCAAAUUGAGCAAGGGACAAACCGGUCAUAUUCCUUACCGAGAUUCUAAGCUCACACGCAUUCUGCAAUCCUCUUUGGGAGGGAAUGCUAGAACUGCAGUCAUAUGUACCCUGAGUCCUGCACGAAGUUACGUUGAACAAUCAAGAAACACCCUCCUUUUUGCAAGUUGUGCCAAAGAAGUAACUACUGAUGCACGUGUCAACGUUGUCAUGUCUGACAAAGCCUUGAUGAAGCACCUGCAAAGAGAAUUGGCGAGACUAGAGACUGAGUUGAAGAGUGCAAACCCCUCCACCAGAUCUGAUGCUACUGACCUGUUGAGAGAAAAGGACUACAAAAUAGACGAGUUGGAGAGAAGGGUAAACGAGCUGACUCUACAGCUUGACCUCGCUAUAUCCCAGAUCCAUAACUUGCAGCAGGAAGAUUCUUCUUACCCUAAUUUGCAUGUUCGACAAGCUUCAGAAAGUUCCUGUUCCAUUACAACCAGUGUGGUGGAUCACCACUCGUUCAGUGCUCAUUCUCCGACAUUUGAACCCCCCGAGUCUCCAGAUAGACACAGUGGAUUUAGUUAUGAGGAAAACUACUCAAAUUCUGACAUUGACGAAAAUCUUCCCCCGAGCAGCUCCUUCGAGGGUUUUCUUAUCAAUACACCUAAUGAAGCCUCCCCGGAUAUACAUAUGCAGACUCCUGUUGGCCUUGAAAAUGACAGUACUGACCUUCCAGAAGCUGGUCAUUUCAUAGUUUCUGAGGAAACAGAAGGGAAAACAUCAAACUCCUUUGAAACUGAUCUGCCAAACAUGGUUGAGGAAAUUGGAGAAGAAAACACUGAUACUUUUGAACUACGUCUUGAACAGGUCUCUGAUGGGUAUGGAUCCCGUUUCCCCGACUUUGUCGAAUUUGAUCCGUACCAAGUUUCUGAAGAAUUUGGAGACAAAACCCCGAAUUCUUACGAAUUUGAUCAGUACGAGGGAAUCACGGAGACAACAUCCAACUACGAUGGCACUGUUCCAAAACAAGCUCCUGAGGCAGCUAGGGAGGAAACUGAUAAUAAUAAUUUGGAGAAAUACUUCAAGGAAGUUCAAUGCAUAGAAUCUGAAAAUCCACAGGAUAAUGAAAGAAAAUCAUUGGUUUUAACGGGUUGUGAGAAUGAUGGGUGCACAGAUGACAAACCAGAAGAAGUCAGUGAGUUGGAUAACAUGAAUUCAUCUUAUAAUCAGGAUUGUGUGCCUGAAAUUCAGAAAUUGAAUUGUAUAGUAAGUUCUCAGUCAAACAAUGUAAAUACCACAUGUUCAUCAUCAUUCCCGGAAGAGGUGAAGUACGAGAUAAAAUAUGAGAGUGGAGAUGGAGAGUGUAUUGACAGACCCGAAGAAGUUGAUGAGAAGCUUUCUGCAUUGAAUUAUGAUGCUGAUGAUGGGAUUCCUGGGAAUUCUAUUCGAGAUAUGGAGCUAGAUGAAAGUAGUCAAGUUGCUGAUGGUAAGGUUCCCAGUCAGAUGGAAGAUAUUCAGAACUAUAAAUCUGUUUCGUUCAAAAAGGAAAUCGUCAAGGCCAAGUCUAUGGAUCAAGUUCAACUUCGGAAUUUUCAGGUAGAGGAUGAUGCUCUUCAAAAGGCAAAUAAUUCUAUCAAGAACUUGAAAGAUGUUGGCUUGAAUCGUCAAGACGAUUUGCAUGAUAGUGUGAUCCCGUGUUCUUCAGAUGCUAAGAGACUACAGAGGGAGAUUAUCGGUCUAUGGGAUGCCUGCAACAUUUUACUAGUACAUAGAACCUAUUUUUACCUUCUUUUUAUCAAGGAUGACCAGGCAGACACAAUUUACAUGGAAGUAGAACGCAGAAGACUCUUCUACAUAAGGGAUGCAUUUUCUUGCGACAAUUCGAUUGUGUUAGACGGUCGCCAACUCACGCCUGGUUCAAGCAGUAGACAAUCACUGCACAGUGAAAGGAAAAUGUUGAGCAAGCUAAUGAAGAGAAGGUUCUCAACCCAAGAGAGGAUUGAUCUCUAUGUGAAAUGGGGCAUUAGCUUAGACAGCAAAAGGCGAAGCUCACAACUCGCUAACCGCCUUUGGGUCAAUUCCGUAGACAUGGACCAUAUCACCGAAAGUGCCAAAAUCGUAGCUAAACUGGUUCGGUUGAACAAACCCCAAGUUCCGAAAGAAGUUUUUGGCCUUAAUUUGACGACAACUCAGGGACGGAGGAAGUCAUUUGGAAGCAAAUUGUUAUCAGUCCCUUGUAAGAACACUUUUUUAGAAGCCACUCAUUGAGAUAGUGUGUGUUAAACUGUUAAUUAGGCACUUGUAGCUAGUUGUAAAUUGUGACUUAACUGCCUUAUAUCACACUAAUCACAUAAAUGCUCAUUUGGGGUGCUAGCCACUAGCUGAUAGGCAAUCACAAGCUUUUGUAAAAUUUUCUCCUGAGGCAUUUGUUGAUGCUAGAGCAUCUUUUUGUUA